UGAAAGGGGGUUCUAAGGUAACUGAACAUGUCUGCGUGAAAAAUGAGAGAAAGGAGAUAUUCGAAAUAGAGAGAAUAGGAGCAGAAAAAGAGAAAGAAGAAAAUGGGAGAAAGGGGAGACUGGAAGUAGAAAGAAUAAGAAUACAAACUGAGAAAGAAGAAAAAGAAAAGAGAGAGGAGAGACUGCAAAUAGAGAGUUUAAGAGCACAAAUUGAGAUCGCCAAGCUCACCCAACAGAAAGAGGAAGGGCCCAAGAAUGACAAUGAGGCUCGCCGCGCUUUUCCAAUUGGUACCAUUCGUAUCCCGGUUCCACAGUUAGUCAUCUCGGAGGUAGAGAAAGUCGACGAGAACAAAGAACGUGGAAAUUGGGCCAGUGGUGUCGAGUUUCUUCUUUCUUGUCUCAGUUACGCUGUAGGCCUAGGAAACAUUUGGAGGUUUCCGUACUUGUGUUACAGGAACGGAGGAGGUGCUUUCCUUAUUCCAUACACCAUUAUGUUGUCUUUCGUGGGCUUACCACUGUUCUUCUUAGAGUUGGCUUUUGGCCAGUUUGCCAGUGAAGGGCCAGUUACAAUAUGGAAAAUAGCCCCAGUAUUUCAAGGCCUAGGAUACGCCAUGGUUUUGAUUUCUUUCCUGGUUGGUAUCUACUACAACAUGAUUCUGGCCUGGUCUUUGUUCUACCUUGUAUCUUCCUUCACUAGCCAACUUCCCUGGAGCUCGUGUGAUAACUGGUGGAACACUAACGCUUGUCGAAAGUUUGACACCAAGAAUUGUACAGUCCAUAGAGGAAAAGUCCUGGCGAAUGGCACGUGUAUAUUCAGAGAAAUGGUUAGCCCUGAAGAAUGGUUAAUCGUGUCCAACUCUACAGAUAACACGAAGAUGGCAAGUGAUGAAUACUUCCACAAUUUCGUUCUGGAACUGACCAGCGGACUUCAUGACCUCGGAGGAAUCAAGUGGCAGCUGGCCUUAUGUCUCUUGGUUUGCUGGAUCAUCAUCUUUCUUUGCCUCUUCAAAGGUGUAAAGAGUAUAGGAAAGGUUGUCUACUUCACAGCACUAUUUCCUUACGUCAUAUUAGUCAUUCUGUUAAUCCGAGGAGCUACUCUACCGGGAGCUUCUGAGGGGGUGAUGUUUUAUCUUACUCCAGAAUGGCAUCGACUGAAGGAAGCUAAGGUCUGGGCCGAUGCAGCUAUGCAGAUUUUUUUUUCGUUGUCCCCGUGCUGGGGUGGACUGAUUACAUUGGCUAGUUACAAUCGUUUUCAUAACAACUGUUUCAGGGACUCAUUGAUCAUCACCUUUGGAAAUUGUGGAACCAGCUUUUUCGCCGGUUUUGUCAUCUUUAGUAUUGUUGGUUUCAUGGCUCACGAAUUGGAAGUUCCAGUAUCUGAAGUGGCUGCACAAGGUGCUGGUCUGGCAUUCAUUGCUUACCCAGAAGCAGUAGCUCGUCUCCCUGUGUCCCCGUUAUGGUCGUUCCUGUUUUUCUUUAUGCUGAUGACCCUAGGGAUGGGUACGCAGUUUACCUUGAUUGAGACUGUUGUGACAACGGUUGUGGACACUUGGCCAUACAGACUUAGACGUAAGAAGCCUUAUGUUCUGGGACUGAUAUGCUCUGUCAUGUUUUUAAUCGGAUUAAUAAUCUGCACCGAGGGUGGUAUGUACGUACUUCAACUACUCGACAACUAUUGUGCAAGUUUUUCUGCUCUUUCCAUUGGUUUCAUCGAAAUAAUUGUGAUUGGCUGGUUGUAUGGUAUCGAACGCUUCCUUGAUGACGUCAGAGUGAUGCUUGGUCACUACCCGUACCACUACCAGUACUGGAGGUUUAUAUGGAAGUUCGUGACUCCAUUCUCUAUCAUUGCUAUUCUAAUAUUUUCUUGGGUUGAUAUCCACCCAACUCAAUAUGGCGAUUACAUAUAUCCAGACUGGGCGACAGGUGUUGGUUGGGCUUUGUCCAUGUUUUCAGUGUCGGUCAUUCCUCUCGUGGCUGGUUUUAAGAUCUGUAGAGCUGAAGGACCUGUUCUUGUGCGUAUAAAGAUACUAAUUCAGCCGACGGAAAACUGGGGACCCAAGUUACAGGUGCACCGCAUGGAGACCCGUAGUCCGAAACACACAGACUCUCAAGUUCCACUGGCGCUGCCUAACUAUGAUCCAGAAUGCUUUGAUGAUAAUGAUUUUACAUAUGAACUGAGCAUUGAAGAUGAAGACCAGAAUGAAGAAAGGGCAGAUUCCGAGGGUCUGAAUCUCAACAUUCCAAGAUGUUACAACAGUGAAACAGGACUUUGAACUAAGGAUGUGCCCACAAAGCAAUCUCACAGUUCCUGGAUCUAUUGUGGUAGUAAAAAAAAGGAAAAAAGAAGAAGAAUGGAGAUAGUUGGCUCUUGGAUCUGUUCCCGUAAUUAGAUAAAGAAAGGAAAUAGUUGGUUCCUGGAUCUGAUCCCUUAGUUAGAUAAAAAAUGGAGAUAGUUGGUUCCUGGAUCCGUUCCCGUAAUUAGAUAAAGAAAGGAGAUAGUUGGUUCCUGGAUCUCUUCCCUUAGUUAGAUAAAGAAAGGAGAUAGUUGGUUCCUAGAUCUGAUCCCUUAGUUAGAUAAAGAAAAGAGAUAGUUGGUUCCUGGAUCCGUUCCCGUAAUUAGAUAAAGAAAGGGGAUAGUUGGUUCCUGAAUCUGUUCCCUUAGUUAGAUAAAGAAAGGAGAUAGUUGGUUCCUGGAUCCGUUCCCUUAGUUAGAUAAAAAAUGGAGAUAGUUGGUUCCUGGAUCCGUUCCCGUAAUUAGAUAAAGAAAGGAGAUAGUUGGUUCCUGGAUCUGUUACCUUAGUUAGAUAAAAAAGGAGACAGUUGAUUCCUAAAUCUGUUCCCUUAGUUAGAUAAAGAAAGGAGAUAGUUGGUUCCUGGAUCUGUUACCUUAGUUAGAUAAAGAAAGGAAAUAGUUGGUUCCUGGAUCUGUUACCUUAGUUAGAUAAAGAAAGGAGAUAGUUGGUUCCUGAAUCUGUUCCCUUAGUUAGAUAAAGAAAGGAGCCAGUUGAUUCCUAAAUCUGUUCCCUUAGUUAGAUAAAAAAUGGAGAUAGUUGGUUCUAGAUCUGUUCCCGUUAGUUAGAUAAAGAAAGGAGACAGUCGGUUCCUAGAUCUGUUCCCGUAGUUGUAUAAAGAAUGGAAAUAGCCGGUUGCUGGAACUUUUGCGGUAGUUGUAUAAAGAAAGGAGAUAGUUGGUUACUGGAUCUGUUCCCUUAGUUAGAUAAAGAAAAGAGACAGUUGGUUCUUGGAUCUGUUCCCUUAGUUAGAUAAAGAAAGGAGACAGUUGGUUUCUGGAUCUCUUCCCUUAGUUAGAUAAAGAAAGGAGACAGUUGGUUCUUGGAUCUGUUCCCUUAGUUAGAUAAAGAAUGGAAAUAUCAGUUUGCUGGAUCUUUUGCGGUGUUUGUAUAAAUAAUGUAGAUAGUUGGUUUCUGGAUCUGUUCCCUUAGUUAGAUAAAGAAAGGAGACAAUUGGUUCCUAGAUCUGUUCCCGUAGUUGUAUAAAGAAUGGAAAUAGCCGUUUGCUGGAUCUUUUGCGGUAUUUGUAUAAAGAAUGUAGAUAGUUGGUUUCUGGAUCUGUUCCUGUAGUUAGAUAGAGAAGGAAAAUAGCCGGUUGCUGGAUCUUUUGCGGUAGUUACGUUAAAAAGAAAAGGAGGUAGUCAAUUUCUGGACUUGUUAUCGUAGUUAAAAAAAGGAGAUAAUCGGGUGCUGAAUCUGUUCCCAUAGCAAUUUUGUGUUUGUUUUUAUGAUCAAAACAGUUGAAAUACUCAAAACGCCUUAACAUUAAUUUGUUUAUAUGAUAGAUGAAUAUUGUUUUAAG